GAAGCUGACAGUAGAAGAGAGAGAACGCCUACAGAAGGAAGAAAAGCUUUCUAAAGUAGAUGAAAAAAUUAAUCAUGCUGCUGAAGAACUAAACAGCUACAGACAGCGAGCAAAAGAUCUUGAAGAAGAGCUAGAAAGAACCAUUCGUUCUUACCAGAAUCAAAUUACUUCACAUGAGAAAAAAGCUCAUGAUAAUUGGCUGACAGCCCGAGCAGCUGAAAGACACCUCAAUGAUAUAAAAAAAGAAAAUGCACAUAACAGACAAAAAUUAACUGAAACAGAAUUUAAACUUGACCUUUUAGAAAAAGAUCCUUAUGCUCUUGAUGUUCCAGUUAGACCAUUUGGCAGAGAGCAUUCCCCAUAUGGACCCUCACCAAUGGGCCGGCCUUCAUCUGAAACAAGAGCUUUUCUUUCCCCUCCAACUUUAUUGGAGGGUCCUUUAAGGCUUUCACCUAUGCUUCCAGGUGGAGGAGGAGGAAGAGGAUCCAGAGGACCAACUGCCAUGUAUGAAGCUGGUAACGAAAGAGGGGAGCCGAGUUCUGAUAGAUUAACUGAUCCCCACAGACCACCAUCAGAUACUGGAUCCCUGUCUCCUCCUUGGGACAGAGAACGCAGGAUAAUUCUGCCUCCACCAGUGUUACGUGAACCUUACACUGAUCCAGUUCUUCCUCCUCGAAGACCAGAAAGAUUUUUCCCUAAUCCUCCAAAUACUGGAAGACUUUCUGGACCAGCAGAACUACGAACUUACAACAUGCAGUCUUUUGAUAAAACAGAUGGACAGACAUCUUUAGAAAAUAGCCCACGAACAGAACCAAGUGGAAAUGGGAUGAAAGAUCAUUCUAACCUUAGUAACUCACUACCUGAUCCGUUGCUGGUGUCUGAAAGCGAAUCUGUCAGUUCAGGCUUUGCUCCUCCACCUUUCCCUCCAGUCAGACCUCCACUGAUGCCUGUGGAUCCUAGAGCACCUUUCAUGAGACGAGGACCUCCUUUUCCUCCCCCUCCUCCUGCUGGCAUGUAUGGACCACGUGAAUGUUUUCCAGUACGAGACUUUGGGCUUCCACGCCCUCCACUGCCAACAAGAAAUCCAUUUCCAAUGAGAUCUUAUCCACACUGUCCACCUCAACGACCUGGAUUUUUGCCUCCACCACCUCCUCCUGAAAAUAGAGUUGAGCCACCUCCGUCAAAUCCAUCAGCUGUAGAACCACCAGAACCACAGCGAGAGACUUGACAGUCAUUUGAGCAACAUGCUGAACUCUUUCUCUACUCUCCUAAUGGCAUUUUUCCUUAUGUUAAGUAACCAUUGUUACUGAGGUAUAAAUGAACUACUUUGCUCAAAUUGAAGCUUAAUAGAAAAUUCUCAGGAUAGUAUUUUGUAAGUAAAGAAUGAAAUA